AUGCCAGUGUAUGAUGUGGCGGCUAAAAAGAAACGCCCCGCUGGUGCUUCGUCAAAUGGAGCUUCAGAAGGCGAAGUGAAUCAACAUGAAACGAAAACCAAGAACAAACCACUGUCGAAAGAAAAGGAUGAGGGAGUCCAGGAGAGUCCUGCGGUGGUGGAGUUCAGCGAGCCAGCGCAGUGGGUGGAGCGUAUGGCGUUAACUUCCACGAGGUCGUUACCCGCCGAUCUAAACGCCGAUGAUGAUCCAAAGAGGGAGGAGGCCUUUAUCCAGCAAGCGCUACUCUCCGUGGCGAGGGGCUUAUCUCUACUGGAGGAGGCCAAUGUGCCGUGGAAGCGCCCUGCCGAUUACUACGCGGAGAUGUAUAAGAGCGAUGUGCAGAUGAACCGCAUUGCGGAGGCCAUGGAGAGCUCUAAAGCACGCAUUGAGGCACGUGCCCACCGCCGAGCGAUGAAGGAUCAGAAGAAGUACGGAAAGGAAGUUCAGGCGGAGGUGCUGCGACAGCGGGCUAAGUACAAGAGGGACAUGGGUGAGCGCAUCACUGAGUGGCGCCGAAAGAGGAAGGGUAACGGUGAGUUGCGUGACAUUCUCGAUGAUAAUGAGAACGAUAAUAACACAGGAGGACGUGCAGCGCGGAAGGAAAGAGCACCACAGGCAAAGAACCUCCGCCCUGGUGGUGGUAGAAGUGCAGGAAAGCGGCGACCAGGGAAGAACGCACGCCGUAGACAAUAA